AUGUUCUCGCUUUAUGAACCACAUAACGUCGUUAAAAGAUCUCAUAAUCAAUUUGAAAUAGAGGCACCGUCACCUGAAUUACCAAGGAAAAGAAUAAGAUACAAUAAUACUAAUAAUAGUAACGGUAGCUAUGGAAAGAAUUAUAAUACAAUGAUAAACCCUAUGGAUUGUCAAGAUGAAGAAUUUCCUAUAUCUCCAGUAUUAUCAUCUUUAUCAAAUAAUCAAAUAACGAAAACAGAUGAUGGAAUACAAUGUGAUGCAGUCAUGAAUAACAAUAGCAAUAACAAUAAUCAUAACCAUAAUUUCAAUAACAUAUUAACACCUGCUACAACACCUGCGGCUAAUACAACUAACAUAGAAUGGUUAAAAAUAGGACAGCAGCAACAGCAACUGCAGUAUAUGAAUAAUAAUAUAGGGAGUCAAUUACAUCAUGAUAAUGAAAUAUACUCUGAAGCUGAAGAAUAUAUGGUGAUGGGUUACUAUAAUGGGUAUGCUAAUAAUACUAAUAAUUCACUCUCUUUGUCAUCUUCUUCCACUAAUAUACAAUCAUAUAACCAAAUGGUCAAUGACAACACUAACGAAAACAAUAACAAAACAUUUCAUACACAAUAUAGUCUGUAUGAUUUAACUAAUGAAGAAAUUGAAAUGAUAAAUACUCAACAGCAUCGCUUGCAGGAUCAGCAGAUGGAAUACUAA